UAUUUUUGAAAUUAGUUUCUUGUUUAAAUCUAAAUUGUUAAAAUGAAGUUGUUAGUUGCUGCGGUUUUCAUAACGAUUUUGUUAACAGCAUAUAGUGCUCGUAUACCACCGGAGGAAAGAUAUAGAGGGUUCCAAGUUUUUCAGGUCAUUUUUAAGUCGCAUGAUAAUACGUCGGCCAUAGCGAAUUAUGCAAAGAGUAAGGAGAAAGGGGUGCAGGUAAUGAAAAUAGAUUACUUGCGUGGUGCUUCUGAAGUAGCUGUGUCGCCACGACGGUAUGCGGACGUUAGACAGGAAUUUGAGUCAGGUGAUUUGGAUAAUUUUAACAUAAUAGCUAUUGAUCUUGCGGAAUAUGUGAAAGAAAAUUUAGGAAAAGUUAAAACCAAGAGUGGUCUUGAAUCAUUUAUGAAGAUGGAAUAAAAAUUUAUUUAGGUGAAA